CACAGCAGAGCUGGUGGCACCUCUCCUUAUGUGAGUGAGACCUUACUGGUCCCAGGAGGUAAGGUGUGGGUACCAAUUUUAGGCCUGGGUGGUAGGAAAGGCACAAGGUAGGGCUAAACUAGAGUGCAGUAAUUCCCAAAACAGGUACGUGUCCCCAGACCAAUUCAGAUGAUUCACAUGUGUUAUCAAAACUGAAGAAUAAAAGCAUAAAACGCUGACAGUCAGUAACGUGGAUGGAUAUGGAAGGGAAAUCUGGAACUCCCCUUUGAGAAAUGUGUUGUUUUGCUUUUUCACCAGUCCUUCUUUGAUGGGACAAAGCAGACACUAAGAGGAGGAGGAAGACUCUUCUGUUUCCAAACCCGAUGGGCUGGUCCCUGGGGGGGGGGGGCCAAGAAGCGUUCCCUCUAAUGGCUCCUUUCUCUCCCCCCAGGCCUGCCUGAUCCUCAGGCUCUGGCUCUUUCUCCGGAGCACAGCUGUGACCAGGGGGCCAUAAGCAGCUUCCAGCCUUUCCAACCCACAGACCCUGUGUGAGCUCCCACGUGGAGCAGGAGGAAAAGCCACAGAGCCCAGGUCUUCAGCGCUCCAGAGGGAAGGAGAGUGUGAGACUCCCUGGUGGGUUGGGGCAGAGUCAGGCCUGGCCAGGUGCCCAUCUUGAGAAAAGCCAAGAUGGGGGAUGAGCUGGAGUGGCAGGGCCUGGAGGAUGAGAAGGUGGCAGGGAUGCAUUGGGGCUACGAGGAAACCAAGAUUUUCCUGGGAAUUCGCAGUGAGUCCUGGAUUCAUGAGAAGCUCUGUACGUGCCAUCGGAACCGCCAGGUGUACCGGAUUGUGGCUGAGCGGCUGCAGGAACGGGGCUUCCUGCGGACCCUGGAGCAGUGUCGCUACCGGUUCAAAAACCUUCAGACCAACUACCGCAAAGCCAGGAGCACCCACACUCCAGGCACCUGCCCCUUAUACGAUGAGAUGGAUGCCCUGAUGAGUCCCUGGACCCUGGCCAACACCUUUGAUGCCUUGGAGGACCUCCAGUUCCCCCAUCAGAUGGGGUCUCAAGUCUGGAGGGAAGUGAAGAACUUUGGAAGGACAGUCUCCAGGAUUUCAAGGAAAUUCGGAAAACUUCCUGUGCAGAUCUUGAAACAAGGACAGAGAAUGAGGAGGAUUCAAGCCAGGACAUUUCAGAGGCAGUAAAACUACCUGGGGUGUUAUUAGGAAGAUCCAGCAUGGAUGUUUCCCAGUACCUCAACUGGAGGAAAGACUGGGAAAGUGAAUAUGGGGCAGAGAAGCAGUGGGAAAUAUCCUUAGAAGAUGGACAAGAGUUGCUCUCUCCUCCAGAAAGAGACUUAGGUAAAUUCAUAGGUCCUCAGGGAACCUAUUUGGCGAAAAACCCAAUAUAUGCUGUGAAUGUGGAAAACAUUUCAGCCUGAGCUCACACUUAGCUGUCCACGGAUUAGCCCACACUGGAGAAAAGAAACCCUAUAAAUGUGGCCAAUGUGGGAAAAGCUUUGGCCAAAGCUCAUAUCUGGUUUGCCACCAGAGAAUCCACACGGUGGGGAAGCGCUACAAAUGCCCCAAAUGUGGGAGAGGCUUCAGUGAUCAUUCUGACCUCAUCACACACCAGAGAAUCCACACAGGAGAAAAGCCCUAUAAAUGUGGGGAGUGUCGCACAGGCUUCACGCAGAGCACAGGCCUUAUUAUGGACCAGAGAAUCCACACAGGAGAGAAACCCCGUAAGUGUAGUGAGUGUGGAAAGAGUUUCACCAACGGCUCACACUUGGGGACACACUGCUGAACGCACACUGGCGAAAAGCCCUACCAGUGCCCCGAGUGUGGGAAAACGGUCAGUAAGAGUUCCGCUCUCACCAGCCAUCAGAGGAGAGAAACCCUAUGAGUGUCUGGAAUGUGGGAAACGUUUCAGUGACUGCUCAAACGUCAUUACCCACCGGCGAAUCCACACUGGAGAGAGACCUAUAAAUGCGGGGAACCUGGGGAGAGCUUCAAUCAGAGCUCAGGUCUUAUUACUCACCAGAGAAUCCACACGGGAGAAAAACCCUAUGGAUGUGCUGAGUGUGGGAGCCAAUUCAACAAUAGCUCACGUAUUAGUGCACGUCAGAGAGCCCACGCCGGGGAGAGACUCUAGGUGUAGGGGACCUAUCUGGAAACACUGCAGAAUCUACCCCAAACACGGGUUUGUAUGGCCCUUGAUUCUAUACCACGACACCCACAGAAGGAGAGAGAGCUCAAAUCCCAGUCCAACAGACCGUAUUUUGUUUCUCUCACUCUACCCGCUGGGCUUAUGAAAUACCACUCAAGGCUUUCCUGUCCAUGCUGUUAAAAUGGAAGCUGAUUUCCAGAGGUUUCAGAGACUAGUUCUGAAUCUGACUGUGUCGCCAUCUCAGUGUGUCUUCACUGUGAUUCUGUGCCUCAAUUUUCACAGCAUGGUAAUGUGAGGGUGAGAUCCAUAUCCUCCUUCCAGGACGGAGGCGGCUCUGCCCUCCCGUGGUGAUGGCAUUAAAGAUGUAGAACCAGCAGUGGCCGAGCAGUUUCCUCCCAGCACUGGCAGCUAAACAAGGAUUUGUUUAUGAACUAAAUACAUUUCUAAAGGUCUUCCCCUGUUCUCCCUCUGGGAGGACUGGAGCCUCGGAACUGUCUGUGUUUCCCUACA